AUGACUAAACUUGUGCUAGUUAAUGCCAUCUAUUUCAAAGGAAACUGGCAGGAGAAAUUCAAUGAAAUGGACACAACAGAUAGACCUUUCAGAUUGAAUAAGAAAGACACAAAAACAGUGAAAAUGAUGUAUCAGAAGAGCAAAUUCCCAUUUGGCUACAUUGAGGACCUUAAGUGCCGGGUGCUGGAGCUGCCUUACCAGGACAGGGAGCUCAGCAUGGUCAUCCUGCUGCCAGAUGACAUCGAGGACGAGGCCACGGGUCUGAAGAAGAUUGAAGAACAGUUGACCUUGGAAAAACUGCAUGAGUGGACCAAACCUGAGAAUCUGAGUUCCAUCGAAGUCAACGUCCACCUGCCCAAGUUCAAGCUGGAAGAGAACUACAACCUCAACUCUCACCUGGCCAGCCUGGGUAUAGAGGAUCUCUUUACAAGUAGGGCUGAUCUGUCUGGCAUGUCAACAGCUGGAGAUCUUUUUGUAUCAAAAAUUGUCCACAAGUCUUUUUUGGAAGUAAAUGAGGAGGGCUCAGAGGCAGCAGCUGCCACAGCCAUAGUUGUUACCAACUGCGUGCCUCAGCCAAAGCCAAAGCAAAAUUUUGUGGCCGACCAUCCAUUUAUUUUUUUCAUUCGACACAAUCCCUCAACUAACAUCCUGUUCUUAGGCAGACUUUCUUCCCCAUAG